AUGUCUGCAAAGCACAACAACGCAGGCCAAGUCGCCGCCGCCUCGGAGGUCCGCCGUCUCCUCCAAGAGGACAAAACACUAUGGUACAAGAAGCCCAACCUCUUCAGGCUCUAUUUGUUGCUCGUGCCUGCUGCCCUCGGCGUCGAAAUGACCACUGGGUACGAUGGAAGCGUCCUCAACGCUCUCCAAGCUGUCGAUCUGUGGAACAAGCAUUAUGGCAAUCCGACCGGUGCGACUCUUGGUGUCAUCUCUGCUGCCCUGGCCAUCGGGACAGCAGCUGGAGUCCCAAUCAUGCCGUACCUGAACGAUCACUUUGGACGCAAGUUUUGUGUCAUUUUUGGCUCUAUAAUAGUAGCCAUCGUCGGAAUGCUCAUCGCCUCACGUAUCGUCAUGGGCCUAGGCUCUCCAGUUUCCCUCGCAGGUGCUGCCCAACUUGUUGUCGAGCUCGCUUACCCCAAGGAACGAUCCACCAUUGUCGGCUUCUUCCAGGGGACUUGGUUUGCCGGAGCCAUCCUCGCUGCGGGUGUCACUCUUGGAACGUAUAACUGGACCAACAACUGGAGUUGGCGUCUUCCUACCCUCUUUCAGAUUCUUCCCUCCUUGCUUACCAUCAUCUUCAUCUGGUUCAUCCCCGAGUCUCCUCGCUGGCUAGUAGCUCACGAUCGUCACGAAGAGGCACUUCAAAUCCUCAUCAAGUACCACGCCGAAGGUGAUGAGACGUCUGCCUUUGUAGCUGCCGAGUUCUAUCAGAUCCGAGAGACGCUCCGCAAAGAAAAGGAAGCAGCAAAACAACCCUGGAAAGAGCUUCUCACUGGCAAAGCCAACCGUCAUCGAGUCUUUGUUGCUAUUUGCGUCGGCUUCUUCACCCAAUGGAGUGGCAACGGUCUCAUUAGCUACUACCUAGCCAAGAUUCUCGCUCUGGUCGGCAUCACCUCCCGAAGGACCCAGAACCAAAUCAACCUCGGUCUUAGUUGCUGGAAUCUCGUAACUGCGGUCUGCUCAAGCAUAGCUGCCAGCUACUUGCUACGCCGCAGACAGCUCAUGGCGGGAUACAUCAGCAUGACUAUCCUGUUUGCCUGCUACACUGCCGGAUCAGCCGUUUACGCUGAAGACAACGAAAACAAAGCUGCUGCCAAGGCCGUCAUCGUGUUGAUCUUCCUGUACAGCGCCGGCUACAACCUCAUGCAGCCCUUCCAGUAUCUCUACAUCGGCGAGAUCUUUCCCUUCAUCCAGCGAUCCAAGGGUAUUGCCAUCAUGCAAAUGUCGACGCGUAUUGCUUCCGCAUUUAACUUAUUGGUGAACCCUAUUGGAAUGGCGGACCUGGCAUGGAAGUUCUUUCUCGUAUACUGCGUCUGGCUCGUGAUCGAGACUGUGGUGGUUUACUUCUUCUUCCCCGAGACUCAGGGACCUACGUUGGAGGAGAUGGCACUGGUUCUUGAGGGAGACAACGCUGCCGUCGAGGUUGUCAACUCCAAGGCUGCCAGGCUCGAAGAGAAGGAACAUGCUUAA